GCAUACAUUUAUCCAACGAAUUUUAUUACAACUCAACUCUGACCAGUUUUUAUUUUAUUUUAUUUUUUUUAAUUCACAAUUAAUUGUUUAAUAGCACAAAUAUCUCAAGAGAUAUGACAAAACGCCACAAACAUAUGAUAUACUACCGCAUGCUACUGGUAAUCGCCAUACCUUUGGUAUAUUUCCUCUGCACCAAUCUCACUGGAGUAUUUACAAAAGAUUCAAGGAUUGAUUCUGGGAUUGAUAACAAAAAUGCAAUACGAUUACGAAGGUUGAUGCAAAUAGAAGAGCCUGAACUCAACAGUAGUAAUAACUGUACACCUCCAGCAGUAAAGGAAUUUCCAUCUGACGGUCUCACGCCUGAAGCAAGACGUUCUGGGUUCAUUGUAGUGCAUAUAAUUUUUGCUAUUUAUUUAUUCCUUUUGCUUGCCAUUGUUUGUGACGACUUUUUUGUCCCCUCCAUCACCAAAAUAUGCGAGAAAUUGAACGUAACAGAAGACGUUGCUGGUGCAACGUUCAUGGCUGCAGCAACGUCGAGUCCAGAGUUAUUUAUUAAUGUAGUAGGAACAUUCAUCACUGAAGGAGAUAUAGGAAUUGGUACGAUAGUUGGUUCAGCUGUAUUUAAUAUCCUCGCUGUUCCUGCUUGCUGUGGACUUUUUGCUAAUCAGGUUUUGGAGCUUGAUUGGUGGCCAAUAAGUCGUGAUUCUCUAGCUUAUGCAGUGACUGUAGGAUUACUAAUUUUAGUCCUUCGAGAUGGGCGGAUCGAGUGGUACGAGGCAUUAAUUUUGGUCGCCACAUACAUCUUCUACAUUUUAGCUAUGUGUUUUAACAAAACAAUUAGCCGAUGUAUGGGUUCAAUGGUCGCCAAGAGGAAACAAUAUAAAAAUAUUGAUAGCAGUCCUCUUCUACCCAAACAUUGUAUAGAUGGCAAAGUAAGUAGUUUCGAACUUGUAGAAGAUGAAUCUUUAGAAAUCGUUAACAUGACAAACUGGCCUGAACCAAUGUGGGAAAAAGUCUGGUGGGUGUUCACGUGGCCUAUAAACUUCGUUCUACUUUUCACCAUUCCUGAUUGUCGCAGAAAAUCUUUAAAAUCUUGGUAUCCAGUUACUUUUGGCAUGUGCAUUGUAUGGAUUGCUUCCAUGUCAUAUUUUGUAGCUUGGGACAUCACAAUUAUUGGUGAUACUCUGGAGAUUCCUGACUCAGUGAUGGGUUUAACGUUUCUAGCAGCUGGGAUGAGUGUCCCUGAGGCAGUAUCUAGUGUCCUCGUAACAAAUCAAGGUCAUGGAACGAUGGGAAUCAGCAACUCUAUAGGAUCUAAUGUCUUUGAUGUUCUUCUUUGUCUGGGAUUACCAUGGUUUAUUAAAGCAGCCUUUGCUCCAAAAAUACCUGGUACCCACUAUGUACAAAUAAAUUCAGAAGGAAUUGUAUACAGCUCAAUAUCUCUAUUCUCAACUCUUCUACUACUUUACAUCUCUUUUCUUGUCAAUAAAUUCAGACUUGAUCGUAAAGUCGGGUUUACUUGUUUAAGUAUAUAUGUAUGCUUCCUUGUGAUAGCUUCUCUCACUGAACUCAAUGUUUUCUUUCAAGUUAAUUUACCUACUUGUGUUCAUUGACGAAUACUUGCGGCUAAAGCCGCACUUUAAUUACUAAUUAAGACUUGGUGUAUUAAAAAAUUUAUUUUACUUCAUUAAGUAGGCUAAUAAUUAUCCAUGUAUACAAAUAUUUAUGAAUUAAGAUAUAGUUUAAGAAGUUAAUGUUCAUCACAA